UAUACGUUUUGAUUCAGUAUAUUGACGUUGGUCAAAAGUGCGCAACGUGUUUGCCUGUGCCGGUUGUACAUUUAUUGGGGUUUAAGUGCUCCAUCGUGCGAAACGCCAGCUUGUAUUAACAUUUGCAAUUACUCAAGUGACAGCGUAUAAAUUUGACAAAACAACUGAGCGCCAAUUAUGAACCAUUCACUGCAGUUUGCCAAAUCGAACAGUCUGAAAUUAGCACCAUUUUUUCUAAGUGUGCUGCUUUAUUUUGCGCUUGUGAGGAAAGAUCCACAAGGAGAGCUAUGGACAACUGUGGUCAAAUGCUUGCCAAUAGUGGCAUUGAUGGUAUAUGUUUUGAUUAAAGGAUUUGCGCUCAAUAAACAUUAUCGCCGCUCGCAGUUAAUUCUUCUUGGCCUAAUAUUUUCCUGCGGUGGUGAUGCAUUGCUCAAUGUUAAUUUGUUUCCCUUUGGAAUGGUCUCCUUUGGGGUGGCACACAUAUUCUAUAUCAGCGCAUUUGGUUGGCAUCCGCCUAAGUGGAUUCUAGGAGUGUGUCUUUAUGUGCCGGUGGCACUAUUUGUGGUUUUUGUGCACAAGCAUCUGGAUGAGAUACUGGUCAUAGGCGUGCCCAUCUAUUGUGUGUUGAUUUCCACCAUGUUGUGGCGCGCUUUGGCACGUGCUGUGGAUGCUAAGAGUUUCCUCACAAUUUUCUGUGCAGUGGGCGCGACUUUGUUUGUCAUAUCCGAUGCGCUAAUUGCGGUGACAAUGUUCUUGAGUGUUGCACUGCCCGGAGCACGGCUGCAAAUCAUGAUUACAUAUUAUGUUGCCCAAUUUGCCAUUGCGCUGAGCACCGCGGACGACGGACCAGAGCCACAGCGCAACAAUAAAAACAAAUAGCUCCAUUUAAUGCUCAUCGAGAAUUUAUAACCAAACUACAACCACCAAAAUAAGUACUUCCAAAAUAUUAGAGUAAUAGUUUAUGCCAUCUAGUUGUGAUAGUUAAUGUCUGUUAAAAAUAAAAAUGCCAAUUUAAAAAUAGUUUUAAAUUAAA